AUGCCACGACAGGACUCAGUCCCGGGCUGUCAGUCUCCACUUUCUGCGAGUUCCUGCGCGCUCCGAUCCAGUUCUGCAGCCUGUAGGGGAAUGCCAUUGUUGCUGCUCUGCGUCGUGUGCACCGCUCUUCCACGAUUUAUCAGAGCAGAUGCUUGCGAGGACGUGAGUAUGCAGGAUACUGUGUCAGUGGGCCAACCUACGGCUUUUCACUGCAUAUACCCCCUGCCAACAUCUGGGAAGGUAGAUGCAACAUGGUAUAAAUAUCCUAGAAAAAUCCCAGUAUCCAAAAACAUACAGUCUCGAAUCCACCAGGACCAAAACUGGAUUUUGUUUCUCCCUGUGAAAGGGGAGGACUCUGGGAUCUACUACUGUGAUACAAAUGAUACAAACACCUGUCCCAGAAUGCAAGUCAACCUCACUGUAUUUAAAAAACAUUGGUGUGGUACUUCUGGAAACAGUCAACCGCAUGUGCCAGAUGAGUACAAACAGAUUUUAUACGUUGGAAGAGAUGACAUUCUUAUAUGUCCUCUGAACUUCCCAAACAGUUUUCAUUUGGAUUCAGUAAAGUGGUAUAAGGACUGUAAAGAGAUUGAAGGAGAACGAUUCAUUUCUCGGAGAAAGAAGCUUUUAGUGAAGAAUGUCUCGACAGAGGAUGGAGGGAACUACGCGUGUCAAGCCACGCUCACAUACGCAAAGCAGCAGCACACUGUUUUAAAUAGCAUUUCUGUGAACAUCACAGAAAAAGUGGGAAAUGGAAGAAGAAUCCCUAAGAUCAUUUAUCCAAAAAAUAAUUCAAUUGAAGUAAAACUUGGCUCCACCCUCAUCGUGGACUGCAAUAUAACAGACGCAUGGGGUAACACAAACCCGCGCUGCUGGAAGGUCAAUAAUACAUUGGUCGAUGUUUACUACAAGGAAUCUAAACGAAUUCAAGAAGGAAUCGAAAACUACACUGUUUCUCAAGGACACAUGUUUUACACAGUGAACAUAACCUUCUUAGAAGUGAAAAUGGAAGAUUAUGGCCGCCCGUUCACAUGCCAUGCUGGAGUGUCUGCAGCUUACGUUAUACUAAAACUCCCAGUUCCAGAUUUUCGCGCUUACUUGAUAGGAGGGCUUCUUGUUUUGACCAGCGUGGCGGUGUCUGCAGUGUGUAUCUACAACGUUUUUAAGAUCGACGUUGUACUUUGGUAUCGAAGUGCCUUGCAUUCUGCAGGGCCCAUAGAAGAUGGGAAGCUGUAUGAUGCAUACGUCUUGUACCCCAAGCCUCAAAGAGAAAGCCACAGCCAUGAUGUGGACACUCUGGUGCUGAAGAUUCUCCCCGAGGUGCUGGAGAGGCAGUGUGGAUACAAGUUAUUUAUAUUUGGCAGGGAUGACUUUCCUGGACAAGCUGUGGUCGAUGUCACUGAUGAAAAUAUUAAGCUGUGCAGAAGACUGAUCAUCAUCAUAGUUCCCGAAGCGCUGAGCCUUGACCUAUUAAGGAACAUGUCAGAAGAACAAAUCGCAGUCUACAAUGUUCUCAUCCAGGAUGGGAUAAAGGUCAUUCUGAUUGAACUGGAGAAGGUCAAGGACUAUACAACCUUGCCAGAGUCCAUUCAGUACAUCAAACAGAAGCAUGGGGCCAUCCAGUGGAGUGGGGACUUCACAGAGCAGUCACAGUGUGCAAAGACCAAGUUCUGGAAAAAAGUGAGGUAUCACAUGCCACCCAAAAGGUGGCCACCUUCUCCUCCCGUCCAGCUGCUAAAGCACACGCCCUCCGACCUCAUGGACAGCAAGCGGGAGGCCAACGUGGGGUUCAUCACCCCGUGAUGGAGAGUUGGUUGUCAUGUGGUGGCUCACACUUAAAUUAGGAUGCAUUGCAUUUGGGCCAUUCGCUUGAGGCUUACGGUUGGUACUCGUGGAAAGGACUGUGUUUAUUUGCU